AUGGGCGGAGGGAGGAAGGACGCGGGCGGGGCGGCCGGGGCGACGAAGGAGGCCGGCUGCGACGACGGGAGCUACGAGGGCGGGGCGGGCGGCAGGAACUUUCCCUCCCGCGCAACGAACUGUCGACUGGAUGUGAUAUCUAAACCCGACUCGCUCCCUGAAAUCCCACCAGCCAAGGCCCCUAACACAGCAGUCAGACCAUGGACGGCGGCGGCGGCGGCGGCGGCGGGAGGAGCCUCCGGCCCGGACGAGCCUUGCGACGCGCGCGUGGUGCGCGAGCUCCUCCGGUCGACGGGGCUCGGCGAGGGCGAGGGCGAGCCGCGCGUCGUGCACCAGUUCCUGGACCUGGCCUAUCGCUACGUCGGGGACGUGCUCGGCGAUGCCCAGGUCUACGCCGACCACGCAGCCAAGCCCCAGCUCGACGCCGACGACGUUCGUCUCGCAAUCCAGGCUAGGGUCAACUUCUCCUUCUUCCAGCCGCCGCCACGCGAGGAUGAACAGUUUAUGGCAAAUGGAAAAAGAAAACAAGAGCCCGUCUAGCUCAGUUGGUAGAGCGCAAGGCUCUUAACCUUGUGGUCGUGGGUUCGAGCCCCACGGUGGGCGACCAUUUUUUUUAUUGUUCCUUUUUCUACUUUCCAGGAACCGAUUUCCAUGUGCAGUGAAUGAUGGACGGCCAUUGCGUUGCAAAGGGCAUGUGGUUGCUUUCAGAUUCGUUUUACUUUCUUUGUUGUUGUCAAAGUUUAUCUCGAUUCAAAAUGUUCCACUCAGGUUUUUGCCUUCUUUCAACCUGGGAGGGAGAGAUUCGGGUUGCUGCUUGGCCAUUGUUGCCUCUUGAGCCUUGCGCUACCACUGUCUCCUUGUGUGGCUCGUCGCCUUCCCCUCUAUCUCCCAAUAUCGUCUCGAGCCAUAGUCGUCGAGCACCCCCAUGACCGAUCAUAUCACAACAACCGUCGAUGAUGUACCGCGACGUGAGGCUCUAGCCGCAGGGCAAGUGGGGAGGAGAUCCUUAACCUGAAUGUAGUGGUGUGGGUGUGACUUAGCACAUUCACCACAGCAAAGGAGGUGGCGCGCGCCUGUGACACCGCCAAGCUUUGCUUUUUCGAGAGAUGGGCAAAGGUAAACAUGUCCAGCGACGCCGCAACCGCGACUGCGAUAACGCUUCCUAUGCCGAGGAGAAGGAGUAUCAUGAGGUCGAACGCACCGAUACCACCUUUGUGGCUACACUCCUCGAGGAGGACCCAUGGACCCUCACCGAGGACCAUACAUUCUUCAAGUCCCGGGAGAAAACACACAUGAUUGAGCUUCAAGAGGGGGCAGGGGUGUGCAAAAUCGCGCACCCUGAGGCUGAGCUUGAGGAGAUGUCCGAGGAGCUCGUCGACGACGAGAAGGGGAAGGAUAACUUGAUGCUGUAGCUUCGGCUUACUGCUAGAGACCACGAUGACACACCCUCCAGCGGGCGGUGAUCCCCAUCUACUCUGAGUUAGACAUUUUUUACUCUUCAAGGAACAUGAGUAGAGCUCAUCCUUUAUUCUAGUUCUAUUUUUAGUAUUAUGAAUUAUCUUGAUGAUUUAGCUAGGUCGAGGUCGAUGUAGUGUCAGUUGGUAGUGGACUGUUUAAUCAAGUUAUGUAGGAUGUUAAUAUGCUAUUCUUGUUUAAUUA